AUGUCGUCGCUCAAUUUUCUCCGCUUCCCUCGCGAAUUGCGCGACAUGAUCUACGUCGACUAUGUCACCGUCGCUGGGGGCCUGAUCUACCACUCCAGGAGUCGCACGCUGAAGCCCGCCGCCGCUGCCGAGCGCCCUUUCGAGCUGCAGCGCACCUGCAAACAAGUCGCAGAGGAGAUGAAGGGGCUUGUCCUCAUGCACAACACCAUCACCUUCUCGACCAUUGAUUGUUUGCGAGAGGACGCAUAUCGAUUCCACAUGCUUUUGGACGAUUUCGUUUUCUUAUGA